GUCUCGCUAGAUCAUGACUUACACAGGCAUAGUUUGUUUCUUGUUUGUUUUAAAUGUAUUCACAGUGGUUGUGUCGGCGACAAAUUCUACAAACUGUGUUGAUGCCACGUUUAUAAAUUGCAAUGAUAGCCAUGUCUGUCAUGAUGACAACUUAAAGACUUAUUGCCCUUUAACAUGUGGACUAUGUAAACCAUGCAAGGACCAGGCUGUCUUCGCCUGCAGUAAGAAUGUUUGCUCGUUUCCUUCAUUGAAAAAGUUUUGUCCUGUGACGUGUUCAUCUUGUGGAGAAGGAAUUUUAGGAUGCACGUACAAGAGUAAACACUAUCAGCAAAGUGAACGCUGGGAAGAUGGUUGUGAUUAUAAGUGUACGUGUUUAAACGCUGAACAGGGACUUUACCGUUGUACUGAAAGGUGUGUACACUACCAGAAUGUUCCAACAACGUGUAGACUUGUGCAAGACCCUAAUGACCAAUGCUGCAAGGUACCAAAAUGUGACGUCCAAGUUGUACACCAGAACACCACAGUAAACACUACAGGUUGCUUAUACAAGGGACAAGUUUAUUCACAAGGUCAGAAAUGGUCUGACGGAUGCGACUACAAUUGUGAAUGCUUGGAAGCAACAACUGGACAUUAUCGAUGUCAGGAUAAAUGUCCAACAUACACUCAAGUACCUCAGAAUUGUCCUUUGGUGAAAACACCAGACGGAUGUUGCUAUAAGCCAAACUGUUAGGAUAUAGACGUGUCAAGUAAAAACAUACAGCAACAAGACCGUACCUGUUAUGUGUAAUGAUUUUAGUAGACACAGAUUAUUUGUUAACAUAAUACAUGUUCUAAAUUAAAACUGCAACCAU